UCGACAUACAACAUUUUGUUGAAUUCAUCAUGGGUAUUGGCGUGCCAGUCAAGACUGUAGACGACAUCAGCUUAGGGUUUGCAAUAAACCUGCAGUAUCAGUACGCUGAGAUCACAAAUAUCAGUGAUUUGUCACAAUACUACUUCAUCAAGGAGGUGUCGAGGGAACAGAGAGACUUGGAUCUGGAAUGCCGAAGAGAUGAGCGCCUUGUGUUCUAUAGGGCUGUCACUAAUUUGUUGGAGACGUACGGCAUGAACGGUCAAGACUGUAUUAAGCGAGCAAUUUGUGAAGCUGCUCAGUACCCGGUUGAAGAGGAAGGACUUGUCGGGGAAAUUAUCCAGAUAUUGCUGACACCAGACUACGGAAGAUCUCCAUUCGAGAAGGACCCAGAUUGGGAGAAGAGUAUGGGCUUCUUUCAUGAUGCAGCCGUGGCUGGAAGACAGAUGUUUAACUGUCCUUCUGUAUACAGCGGCUGUCCUGAAGGGCAGGGAUUCUUUGAGCUGAUUAGCAUGCUAAAAGAUGAAUAAUGAUGAAGAGACACAAGUAAUACGGUGAAGGAUUGUACAAUAGUAUUACUGUUAAAGAUGGUGAAUUUAUCUUCAGAAAAGCAGUAAU